UCAGGUUUAACCUAAAUAAUUACAAAAAUUCUUGUUGAAUUCAGGGGCAAGUUGUCCAAUUUAAGAUGCCAUGCUAGAGUUCCAUUCUCUUCAAAUAAAUGGCUGAAAUAACGCCUUUCCUUUUGCAGGGUGGGGGUCACAUAAACAGCCAAGAUGUCUGAGAAAAAGAUGACAUCAAGCCGUAGGCAUCAUCUGAAGAGCCUGGUGCUUCAGAUUGCAAAGAAUUUGCUGGAAGCUGAAGUUUCUGAGCUAGAAGCUGAGAAGACCCGGUACAUGGCUGAGAACUGCCCCUCUCUGUCCAUGCCAGGAUCAUUACAGGAGCUGCAGGAGCUGUGCAAAAAGCUCCACCAGCAGAUCGAUAAGGUGGAUGAAGAGAGAUAUGAUUUGGGAAGCAAAGUGGAAAAGUCCAACAAGGAGAUUGAAGACCUGAAGAUUAAAGUGGUUGACCUGAAGGGCAAGUUUCAGAAACCGGCACUGAAGAAGGUGCGCAUGUCUGCCGACGCCAUGCUGAAGGCUCUGCUGGGCUCCAAGCACACGGUCAACUUGGACCUGAGGGCCAACCUGAAGCAA